AUGGAGAUCAAUCUUGAUAAUGUGACAUCGUUUGCAGAAGGAUGGAAUCGGAUUAAGAAAGCUACAUGCCUACCACCUACAGGAGUUACUUCAGAGAAUCUUGCAGCGUGGAUGGUGUGGAGUAUUUGGCUAGAGAGAAACCACGCCAUUUUCAGAGAGGAACGUACCUGUGCUCAAGAUGUUAUGUCAAGUGCUAUUAGACUGGCGAGAGAAUGGACCCUGGCCCAGAUACCGGAGUCUGUUGCAAUACCAAGAAGCAGCACCGGAUGGGAAAGGUCAAGAUGUGAGAUAGUCUGCAGAUCAGAUGCAACUUGGAGUAAGGAAAGACACCACGCAGGAGUGGCGUGGGAGUUUGUUAGGAAGGGGGAUGAACUUCUAUGUUCAGGUUCCCAAACUUUUGCAAAUGUUAAAUCACCCCUUGUGGCGGAGGGGUUGGCGUUACUUGCAGCAAUGGAGGCAGCGAUCUCCUUGGAUUUCAACCAAAUCUCUUUCGAGUCUGAUUCAAGUCGACUGAUGACGGCGAUCAGGGAUGGCACACCGGUUUCAGAUUUGUACGGAAUCCUCAGCGACAUCAGCUCCUUGUCUUUAGCUUUUGUUUCUGUUUCUUUCUUUUGGGUCAGUAGAUCUUAUGUUUCCCGCAUGGAUGGCGUAGCCAAACAAAUGUUAAGAUGCUAUGUAUUGAACCCAGUUUAA